AUCUCUAUGGCUUGGCCGUGCAUCACCAGAGUGUGCUGCUUGGCUCGGUUCUGGAACCAAUUUGACAAAUCUGAUCUCUCCGUUCCGCUAACGAUUCAGAACUAUUCUGAUAUAUCGGACCAAGAGGUGCGGUCUGUUACCAAACAACUAACUGACAGGGCUCCGAGAAAUGACUAUGUGACAACGGAUCACAGAAAUUCGCCCACGGUACCGGGUGGUGGUGGUGGUGGUGGGAACCGGAGAUCAUGUCGUGGACGCACGGAACCGAGCUACAGACCACGAGAGGAUUACCAACCUCCCGGUGUACCGUUUACGAGUGUCACCCAGUAUAAACAGGAUUACAAACCCUGGCCCAUCCCGAAAAAGGAUAAUUUCCCCUGGAUUGGCAACGGUGGAAAGGGGGAGACCCUGACGGAGAGCCCCAUUAACAAUCACUCCCACACAAGCCAACCAAGAGUGGAGAGAGAGGACCGAGGGAGGCAGAAAUGGGGCGAACCGACCGUGGGAACAACCAGCUCGUACAGGCAAGAGUUUCGCCCGUGGACCGGGGCGCGUCCCUCCAGGCCGGCCCAGAGGAGGCCCACCUGUCUGAGCCCCGGGCUGGACGGACCCGGGGCCCCCCCGCCGGCCACCAGCUACCAGGUGGCUUUCAGUGGUGGGGAGACCCAGCGGCACACGGAGAGCCCCCAGCCAGAGCAGCAGCAGCAGCACCACCACCACCAGGCUGGACCCCAGCCCAACAGGCCCAGCCUGCCCAAGAACAAUGACAUGCCGCUGCUGGCCAGCCGGACAGAGGAUCAGCUGGUGCGGACCAAGCUCUCCCCGAACCCCUCUGCCGUCUUCCAGAGUGGAUCCCGGAUCUUCAACAUCUGA